UGUUUCGGGAUAUGUUAUUACGGUUGAUAUUAUUAUUAAUAUUUACUCUACAAAAUACAUGUAUUGGUAAGUAAGUUAAUUUUUGUAUGUUUAUUGUGAAUAUAAUAUGAUUAAAAAUAAAACAAACAAAUAAUCAUAGUCGAAAAUAAUUACGAUAGUCACGACAAUAAAUGAAUCGCUUUAGUUUUAAAUAAGUGGCUGUUACAUAAAAUAUUUCUAACAUUAUUAUAACAAAUGCACCUUCAUCCACUAAUAACAUCAGAGAAAAACUUUUAUAAUCUGAGUGGAACGAGAAAUGUCUUACUAUAAUGUAUACUUAUUUAUAAAUUAGUAUUUUAUUUUGUAUCUGUGUACAACCCUCAUUCAGAAUGGGCCCUAGAAAUAUUUCUUCAACCUUUCGUUUUUUUUAAAAAAGUUCGAAGGUCACGUAUUUUUAGUGUUACUAUUUAGUUUAUAAUUUGUUUAAUAUUUAAUUAGAAUUUUGGACUUUUUACAUUUUUAGGAAAGCUGUAGAAAAGUUUCUCGUACGUUGUACGCGAGUAUACCCAUGAGAUGUGUUAUUUAAAAUUAUAAAAGUUUUAUCGUGUUCCCAUCAUCGUUUUUGUGCUUAUCAUCUCUCAAUCACUCUAACCCAACUUGCUUAGAUUAUCGUUAUUGAAAACAUUUGUUAAAUGCUAAAGAUUGUAAAGUUUACAGCGCUCUGUCAUAAUACAUAAACGAAUGCUAACUUAUAGUUAUUUAACUUUCAACAAAAAUUAUUUAAAACAUUUAUUGAAAUGAUUGGACGAAACAGGGUGUUUUGCCUUUAACUAUUGUUGACGUUGUAUUUAAGUUUAAAGAGCAAAUUACAAAUUCUCACCAACAAUAGUGGCUGCUCCCGUCCCCAUUAUCCUAGGAUAGCUUUUUUUUUAAAAAACUUAAUGUAGAAUAUUAAUAAUAAUAAUAAUAAUAAUACACCAUUAUAAUUGUUGUUUUUACAAGCGAAUUCUGAAUCACUACACAAUGAUUACUUGGUUAACUUGUUUGAGAAGUUAAAACAUAAAUGGACUUCCGUCAAAAACCACACCGUGACCAAAAUACAUGAAACAACGGACGUGUCCAAAGCGGAAAAAGAGAUAAUGGAGAUUCUAAUGAACGAACUACAAAAGAGGGUUAUCGGCAGCGACCGACCGCGGAAUCGUUCGGCGGUGGACGGUAAAACAGAAGCUGUGGCGUACGAAACGGACAUAUCUCACGGUGCUGCCGUGGUCAAAAAUUCUGGCUUCGAUGUCGAUCUCGAUUCUGUGGUUAGGUCGAAUAACCUGCAGGGUGAUGGUGCUCAUUUGUCAGGUAACCAGCAGACCUCUAUCGGAGACGUCGAGCUUUGGGAUGCAACGACGACGGUUAACAGGCCAGAAAAACAGUCGAAUUCACUCCAUGCAAAAAACCCGAACGUCUCGCCAGAUCCUUUGCCGUUGCGGUUCUCGCAGAUAAUCGACGUGUUGAACCAACCAGACGGUAGCGUGGACGAGGCGUUCAAGACGUUUGUAUAGUUCGGCGGAAAACCGGUUCAGCACCGUUCAACGCCCUUUUGAUUUCGUUGAUAAUGAAGCGCUGAUGAAGUCAGUUCUUACAAACCUGAAAUGUUUGCAUAGUUUCGAAAGGCUUAGGCUUAGGCUAUGAUUAGUUGGAUCAAUAAACAAUAACAAAUUGUUGGAAAUUAAUAUUUAUUAACCAUAACCGUUUUUGACCAAAAUUGUACCUUUCCCUUUUCAACCAAACCAAAAAUAUAUCGGUACGGUAUUGUAAAAAAUAUUUUUAAAAAGUAUUUCGAAUAUUUCUGGUUUUAUUUUAUAGAUUUGUAAUUAAAGCAACAUCGAACCGUUGUCUUUAUGGUAUACAGAUAUAUACAGUAUAGGUACGUAGACAUUGUUCAAAUACACAAAACAUCAAAUUAACUCGCAUCAAUACGUUAUCAGUGAAAAAGAAAAUCUAUA